CAGCCUGGAUUCUCACUGAUGCUCUUGCGGCCACAGUUGGAGAACGUUCACCUCUGAGCUCACAUUUCUCUAGUCACUUUGAACCGAGCGUACAGUCAUUUCCAGCUCACGAUUCUAAACGCGAAAUGUGCGCUGCUGACUGCCUGAUUCGGAGGGGGCUUACCAAACAGGAAAAGCAAAAACCCUGAAACCCAGCCCCGGACUGGAUUAAAUCCUGACUAGAUUAAAACGACUUGCCCCACCCACAUGCCUGCCAAGAGUAAAAGAACAAUACAUCCAGAUCCUCAGAUUAUCUCUGCAGAAUUUUCAGAUGCAAUAAUCGACAUUCAAUUAAAAAUUUGUUCGCAGAAAUAAUACCAGAAAAAAUCAUCAAACACCAGGAGGUAAGAACAGACAAUAGGGGCUUCCCUGGUGGCGCAGUGGUUAGGAAUCCACCUGCCAAUGCAGGGGACAUGGGUUCGAUCCCCGGUCCAGGAAGAUCCCACAUGCCGUGGAGCAGCUAAGCCCGUGUGCCAUGAUUACUGAGCCCACAUGCUGCAACAACUGAAGCCCUCACACCUGGAGCCUAUGCUCCUCAAUAAGAAACGCCACCGCAAUAAGAAGCCCACGCACCUCAACGAAGAGUAGCCCCUGCUCGCUGCAACUAGAGAAAGCCUGCACGCAGCAAUGAAGAGCCAACACAGCCAAAAUAAAUAAAUAAAUAAAUCUUAAAAAAAAAAAAAAGACAAUGGAAACAGUUCCAUGGGAAACUCCAGAAGUCAGAAUUAUAUGUUCCUUAAAAAUACAUGUGAUUCUGUGUUCGGAGCAGAGGGAGAGCCUCACUAGAGAAGUGAAAAUCACACACAGAACCACAAGGAAAUUCUAGAAAGAAGAAGUGCGAUAACCGGCAAUCAGAAUUCUAAGGCAGAUGACGCAUCGCAGAGGAGAAGAGUGCACAGGGCGGGAGACGCUGAGCGGACAGCUGGGGCCGCGGGCAGUGGGACCAGGUUGAGGACGGCGCGCGGGCCCGGGGCUUUGGCCCUGGUGCAGCGAGUGGAGCCCGGCCCGUCUGCAGCAUGAGCGCCUCGAGCGCUGCCGGGCCGGCGGGCAGCAUCUUUGACCUGGACUAUGCCUCCGGGCAGGUCCGCUGGGCGCUGGUGGCCUCCGGCUGCGCCUUCUACCUGGGCGUCUUCGUGGUCAGCCACCAGCUGUCGUCCUCCCUGAACGCCACCUACCGCUCCCUGCGGGCCCGCGAGCAGGUCUUCUGGAACCUGGCGGCCACGCGCGCGGUCUUCGGCUUCCAGGGCACCGCGGCGGGGCUCUGGGCGCUGCUGCUGGACCCCGUGCUCCAGGCUGACAAGGUGUACGGCCAGCAGAGCUGGUGCUGGUUCCACAUCACCACGGCGACCGGGUUCUUCCUCUUCGAGAACCUCGCACUCCACGCGUCCAACGCGCUCUUCCGCACGUUCGACGCCUUCCUGGCCAUCCACCACCUCUUCGCCGUCCUCGGGUACCUCAGCUCAUUGGUCAACCUCCAGGCCGGUCACUACCUGCCGAUGGCCACGCUGCUCCUGGAGAUGAGCACGCCCUUCACCUGCGUCUCCUGGAUGCUCCUGAAGGCCGGCUGCGCGGACUCGCUGCUCUGGCGGCUGAACCAAUGGCUGAUGGUGCACCUCUUCCACUGCCGCAUGGUGCUCGCCUACCACCUGUGGUGGGUGUUCCUGGGCCACUGGGACGCGCUGGCCCGCAGCCUCUGGCCCACGCACUUCGCGCUCUUCGUGGUCGGGCUGAGCCUCCUGACCCUGGUCCUCAACCCCUACUGGACCUACAAGAAGACGCAGCAGCUGCUCAACCCCGUGGACUGGAACUUCGCGCCCGGCCGCCCCAACGGGCCCGCGCCGCCCAAGAAGGCGAGGUAGCGGCCCGGCCCCUCGGCCAGACGGUCCGGCGCCGCCGCCCCUGGGCCUCGAGGGAACGGGCCUCCCCGGCGCGCCUGCCGGGCAUCCCGCGCCUGCACGGGCCUGGGAGGGGGGGGGGGGUCCUGCCCGCCGCCGCCCCUCCCCUGGCGCCCCUCCCCUGGCGCCCCUCCCCGCACAGCCUGCCUGGGGCGGCGCCGCGUGGACCGCCGCGCUCUGUGUGUGUGUGUCUGACUCAGCAGCCCCGUCCUCCUUAGCUGGGGAAUCGUCCCAAGAGAAAAUAUUCGGGCCCGUCACCGGGCGGACGUCCCGGGACUGCGGUGUGAACCGCGUCUCCGCAGCCAUCCCGUGGCGAGCCCGGGGCUGGGGGCCGCUGAGGGGUCUUCUCAUCAGGGACGCUCAUCCAAAGAGGACUUUUGUUUCGGUUUUGUGUUGCUCUGUUGACGCGUUACGGGAGAUGUUAGUCGGGUGUGUCUAGAUUUUAGAGCUGUUUUUAACUAAGUUUCCCCUGGGUGCCCAGCUGGACCCUGAUUCUGCAGGUUUCAGCACGGGGCGGGGGUCACUCUGCUUCAAGCUGUGCGUGGGCCCGGCCCCGCGGAGGGCCCCCCCGCACCUCCUGGUGACCAGCCCGAGCACUGCCUUCACUGCACUGGGCCCCAGCGGAAUCUGGGCGCCAGCCCGCGACUCUCUUCACAGAUGUACUGACGUCUGACUCUUGCCAAGAGGGUGCAGUUAAAAUGAAAAGCUUGUACUUACUGAAAGCGCCCUGAACUAUUUUUGAAAAACACAUUUAUCGGCCGUGAAAAUCACGUGUGACGUGUAGCAUGGCCCCUGGAAGGGUGUGCGCUGAUUUCUGUGCUGUGACUCGACUGUACGCAGGUCGGGAGGUGUCUUCCUGGUUGUGUCAUGCUAAGAAGUGGUCUCAGUCUUAGAAACACAGCAAACCGUGUCCCUCCCUAGACCCCCUCCCCCUCACUGAGGACCCUGGGCGCCCGCUCCCUGCCCUCCUGUCCCCGAGGGGUGGGAGCUGAGCUGGUUUCCAGCCGGGCAGAACUUAAUAAAGUAACUCGUGUUUACGGAACCCGGAAGCAUGUCUGUUCUUACCUCUCGGUACUGUUCACCCUGCUGCGGAGGUUUUCUCUCUCGGAGAGACAAGCUGUGAUGGUAAAUCUUCACGUGUUCAAGGUUUGACCUCGGUUUGAGGUUUGAAAUAUUUAGCUUACUUUUUAUGUGACCCUCACUGGGACUUUGACCUUCCCUGCAUUCAGGCGCUUCGUCCUUAUGUCCGUGAAGGCGCUGUUGCCUCCACCCUGACCCGGGCUUCCUGAGAGGCCUGUGAAGGCGGGGCCGCUCGGGCAGAAAGGGCCUUUGAGCCUUGUGGUCCAGCGUCCGGGCACCUUUGCUGCCCUGACAGGUGCUGCCUUCCAGCCUGUGCCUGCUUUGCGGGCUCCGUCCAGCCUGCGCACAGAUGAGGCUGUAGAGGGAGCCGUCGGGGGCCGUGCAGGGGGGCGCUGGCCCCUGGCCCCCCUUGGAUCCCAUCUCUGCACUCACUGCAGCUCCGCCGGCUGUCCCUGCUCUGAGCGGUCGGGCUCUCCCAGGCGCUGCACCGGACCCCGAGGGUUUCUCACUGUCUGGCCUGAACAGCUCUGGGAAGUAGGCACCGAUGAUCGCGCUCACCGCUGGGCCUGAGGCUGAAGGUGGCACGGCUGGUCAGUGGCCGCGCUCCUCUGACGUCAGAGCCGAGGUUCGUAAGCUGUGUCCAGCGCGGAAAGCAAGCGGGAGACGCCGGCAGACCCAGCUGCCCCCCCAGUACACAGAGCGCUGCGCAGCCGUGCCUGUCUGUCCGGUACCGCAGCCCCAGCAGGACGGCUGCUCGGCCACAGCUGGUGAGCAAGGCGGCGGCGGCCUCAGCGGGCAGGUGCCGGGUCCACCGGGAAGGGUGGUGUCGGAAGUUAGGGAGCAGCACCAGGCCCGGGGACCUGGGAGGCC